CGAACUACGAGCAAUGCAACGGAGUGAAGGCGAAGUGCCCAGGUGAGUUGGAAAUACAUACAGUCAAUAUUCCUGUGAUGACUUUACUAGAAAAAUCGAACAUUAAUCCUCAUGUCCGCCACUCUCCAUGUUUCUUCUUCAUCCCAUGUAGCCUACGGAAAUCUCAAUAUCUUAAGUUGAUCCAAUAGAAUUUGAAUAUCGGUGGAAGUAGGCCAUGGACUAUAACAUGACUGUCUCAUCCUAUAUUUACAGUACGUCCAGAGUACCAUAUAUAAUACAUAGGUAUCACUCCAGGAAGAUCAACACAAUAUUCAAUAAAACUGAAUAUCUAAGAUGUCAGUUUUGACGUCAAUUAAAUUGAUAUCUCAAUAUUUGUGUUGAUUUACGAUGAAGUAGUUACUUAUCGCUCGGUGACGUAAAAUCGUUGCUUUUUACACGCGUUUUUUAUCCAUCUAUGACAAAUCUGAUUCAUUUAAAAAUUAGUGGUCCUGGUAAAAUAUAACCCGAUUCCUAGUAACGUUAACAAACUAUGGUAGGAUUUGAGAUUAAAUAACCAGGAAAUUUAACCAAGAAUAUCAAGUUAACCAAUUACUGUAUAUUUCUAGGUUAACCAGGGAAACUUUACCUAUAGUAUUUUUAGAGUGUAAUACGAGUCAGUGACUUACUAGCAAGCGUUUAGUGCGGGCGGGAGAAGAGAAGGCGGCAGCGAGGAAACGCCUGCCCAAAUGGCUGUGACAAAUCUGUUUUGACCGAAAAAAAUUCAGCUUAAUUUCCAUUGGCCAAUAUCUCGUUUACGGAAGUCAUUACGUAUCUAUUUUCAUAAAAAUAUGGCUAUUAACGCUUUGGAGGUAACUCUUUCUGAAAUUUCGAGUCUUUAGGCUUCAUAAUUCAAUUGAAACCACAACAGAGAAAGUCCAUUAAUAAUCUACUACAUGGUGCAUGAAGACGCCGGUUAUCGCGAUUCUUCGUACGGGAUACGGAAAAGUUUGAUCUUCCAAUUAUACAUUUAUCGCCAAUUAAGGUGGGAAACGAAAACUAUAGUGAUUGUAAUCCUACACUGGAAAGAGAAUAGGAAUGUUUUAUUUAACAAACACAUUUGAAAUUUAAUAGUUAUCAACAAUUUGAAAGAUAUGAACUGUUUCGGUUGAGAAAAUUGAAAGAAUAUACCACGAUAAUCAGCAUAAAAACUACCCAGACUUGCAGACAUUGAUGCUAUACAAUAAAUAACUAUUAAUGAGCUUGGUUUAUCGAUGUUAGAAAACUUUUCAGCAUUUUCUUUAUAUAUCUUUAUAGAUCCAAGUUGUGAUACUGCAUGCUCCCAAGAAGGUAAAAAAUAUUAUGGACUAAAUAGAUAUAAUCAGAGACUACACCACCGAUACUAAAAACGUCACAAAUAGAGCAGGCAUUGAUUAUAAUUGUGUUCCGCUCCCUUCAUUGUUUUACGAUUUUCAAUGUUACAGUAAUUUACACAAAAAAUUGAUCUUUUUGUACCUUGCCUUACCUUGCGAACAGAUAUGGUUUCAGGUCUCAGCGGUCACUGAGGAGAGAAAGAAAUAUUUGCUAAUUUCCUGUUUGCCGUGAUGUAGUGCUGGCGAGGUGAUCUGAGAUCACUUCCUUUCACUUUUGGAGGGACGAGGAUCCAGCUUCCUUAAAACGUUUUGAAAGACUAAAAGAUAGUCCUUGAAAAUAUAACAAAUCUUUACUAUUUUAAUCGGAUUUUGCAAUACUAUUCUACUAUAUUAAAACACCGCUACUUUUCCAAUAUGUUUCUAUUCGAUUUUCAUGCAUGCACAUACCUAUAAUCUAUUUUCCUUUAUAUAUACCAUGAUAUGCUGACUAAUGAUGUAGUGAUUGUAUUUUCUUGGCUUUAUUGUGACAAAAAUGUCACUCAAAUGUAGGAAAUCCGUUGCAGGAGACCUAUAUAGAAUACAAAAUUCUGCUGGUUUAUGGUUCAAUGGGCCGGCCGGCCUCCCUAGCUAAGUCCCAGCCUAAUUGUUAAAAUGUUAGGACUUCAUGUGUGACGAAGCACUCUUUCGUCAACGUGGGAGUCGGUAAAAAUUAACACACACAGUAUUUUUUUGCAUUUUUAAUUAUAUUCUAAAGAACCUAUAUUUUAUAAAAGUUCCUAAAUAUAAUUAAUUACCAUACAACUACAAUACUGGGCAGUUAUUAGGCAAGUGUUAAUCGCUCUCACCCACUACUCGUUUUCUAUUCCGCUCUUCGGCUAGCCACUACGUUCGUAAAUUCGUAAUAACUAUGGACUCACAGCAAGGCAUUCCUUUACAGCUACUGAAUCCCUCCUCGUUUCAGGUACGGUCAACCAUAAGUCAACUGAUCUUGGUUAAACCUUGUCAGACGCUUCUGAUUAGAUAUUGAAUUAACUUUGGGAACGCUUUCCCAUUUCUCGGGUCAGGGAAGACCUUUGCUCUUUUGAUUUGUUUCCCUUCGCGGGAUAACAGAGUAACAAACUUUAAUCUAUAUCGUUCACAGUUUACUGCUCCUUCAUCGGGAGCGUGAAAGCCAUGCGUCGACAAUUAUACCUACAAUAUCUGCUCUUGGAAGAUUUAAAAUAUCACUUUGACUAUAAGUGAUCAAGUAAACGUUCUUCACCUACGGAGUACCCGAAUUAACAGUGACUCCGUCAUUGAGAUCUUCUGUAAAUGAAGUGGAGCUGAAAUACUAGCAUUCUAUCCCCUGUAUAAUCUUGAGAUGUACAAUGAUGUUUUGGGGUACGGGGCCCAGACAAUUACUUUCAAAAGUUGUUGGGAGAUAAUUAUGUAGUUUUAGAUUGUAAGUGGAUCAUUACAGUUUCUUGCACACGAUACCGCUUCUCUCCCCCUCCCCUCCACCCAAUCAAUGUUGCUUAAACCAAAAUACAUCAAAUCUGACGAGAAAUGGCACACAGCUUUGAAUUGGGGCCGGGGGAUUGACGUUUGUUGAAAUGCAAAGUUUAUGUUGCAUGCAUCUCUCCCAAGAUAUUUGAAACUGAUUGUUGCAGGCUAGUGAAUAAUGCUUUUCAAAAACAAUGAUUCCGCAAAUCCGGUUUCAAAACCACUAAAUAUUGAAAAUAUCGCCGCCAUGCACGCCCCCCCCCCCCCUUAAAACAAGAGAAAAGCAACAUUUUUUGUUUAACUUGAAAGUAUAGGAUUCCCUAUUAUUUUACGUGGACAAUUUAAAACUUAUUUAAAACUCAGCAACAUGCAUUCACUUCAAAUAAAUAGCAAAAACUAUCCCGACUGUUGUAAUACGAUACAUUUCGAUACAUAUAAAACGAUACAUUUCCUUUGGAUAUGUUAUGAUUCUAUUAUUCUGUAUGGUGUCCUCACGCUAUAUUGCGUUUUCAAAACCUGUAUAAAGUGUAAGUGCAUGUAUUAAAAUAUUUUUCGAGUAAUAAUUUUGUAUUUCAUUUUACCAAUUUUCCCGAACAAAUUAAACCUAAACAGAAACUAUUUUCUUUAAUUUUUCUCCGGUGAAUUAUUUAUACCGGUAUUGGAAUCUUUGUUAAGUUAUUAAAUAUUUGAUGAUUAGAAAACCGAAAAUGGCACCCAAGCGCACGAAACCUUUGGUCCCAGAAUAAUUUUACAAGCGCUCACAGCUCCAGAAACCUUUAAUACUUCAGCCUUUUGCUUUUCAGUUAUUUUGCUGCACGCGAGUCGUUGAAGCGCAAAUCAAUAAUACCUACACUAAAAGAAACAAGUCGAAGGAAAAUCAUCGCCUUACAGCAACGACGGUUAAAUAUAGAAAUAUGUUUUCAAAAAUUUUUUAGUCACUACAUGUCCGGCGUGCGAACGUGGGGGGAAGCUAGCCCAAUCAUUAAAUUAGCACCUUUCAAGAAACUAUAGUUAUUGGAAUUUUCUCAAGAAAGAUAACAGCAAUUAUUACUUUUCUUUUCUAGCUACUAAUUGCAUGAAUGGAUGUAGAGCUACAGGUAAUAAAAACAUACUUCGUAUACAGAUCGUUACCUCACGUUUACUUGUUAUUAAUAAUUUCUCUAAAAUAUGGAGAAAACAAAUUCCAACUAAAGCCGAACAUCUUUAUGCCUUCUACAUGUCAACUUGUGCAAAAUACGAGCUAAUAUUAGAAUUUUUAUACGCAAAAUAUUAGAUUUAGUCCAAAAAUAUACCGGGUGGCGCAAAAAAAAGUACAACUGUUUGAUUACUUGUAACUCAGAAACAAUAAGCAGUAGAACCAUAAAUCGAGUUUAAUUGCAUCCAGCGAUAUCUAACUUAAAUUUUGGUAUAUUUGACAGGCAUAUUCGUCCAAGAUUAACUGAGAUAUAAGAGUUUAAACUUUUGUUAACAAUUUUGAAACAGUCACAAAUUAGCUAAAAAUCAGUUUAAUAGGCCGUUUUUAGCUAAUUUGUGACCGUUUCAAAUUUGCUAACAAAAGUUUAAACACUCAUAUCUCAGUCAAUCUUGGACGAAAAUGCCUGUCGAAUAUACCAAAAUUUAAGUUAGACAUCGCUGGAUGCAAUGAAACUCGAUUUUGGGUUCUACUGCUUAUGGUCUUUGAGCUAUAUGUAAUCAAACAGUUAUACUUUUUUUUGCGCCACCCGGUAUUAGUCUUGAAAUAAUGAGUUUAACCAUUUUGGUAAAGAUAUCGAAAACAGUUAUAGAUAUAUACAUUGAAUUAUAUCAAUUUAAUUUAAUUCUAAUUCUACGCGUUCAACGUCAAUCUUAUUUUUUUCUUUUCCCUAGAUGAUAAAACUGAUGCAUCUGAAGUAUAUGCUUGUCCCAAAGUAUAUACUUGUCCAAAAGGUAUAACUGCUCUCUCAAUAUAAUUAGUAUAUAUGAGUGCAUAUAUUACAAGUAUACUGAAUGAAUCAAAUAUAGCUAAUAUAGACCUGUAAAUAUACAGGCACCGCUCACUUUAUAAUUAUUUAAAUGAAAACAAAAUUUCUGUUGUUUCGUUUCUAUUUUUAUUUUUAGAACCGCCUCCCAAAAGUGGUAAGAAAAUGUGUUUAAUAUAUGUUCAAUCAUAACUUAUUGUAAAACUUUAUGUCAAUGUUCGUGGUUACAAUUAAUCCAUCUCGUUCGUGUGCCACGAAAUAUUUACUCGAAAAAAGCUAUAUAUGCGUUCUAAUACUGACCAUAUACAAAAAGCAAGUCAGAUAAUUUCGAAUAAAAAAAUGUAAUUUUCCUAGAUGAUAAAACAUCAUGCAACUGCAGUAUAUGCUUGUCCCAAAAUAAUAUACUUGUCCAAAUGGUAUUUGGUCUCUCAAUAUAAUUAGUAUAUAAUGAGUGCAUUUAUUACUAUUAUACUGAAUGAAACAAAUAUAUACAGAACUGUAAAUGCAUGCACCGCUCGCUUUAUAAUUAUUUAAAUGAAAACAAAAUUUCAUUUGUAUCAUUUGUAUUUUUUAUUUUUAGAACCGUCUAGCAAAACUGGUAAGAAAAUCCGUUUAAUAUAUAUAUAUAUAUAUAUAUAUAUAUAUAUAUAUAUAUAUAUAUAUAUAUAUAUAUAUAUAUAUAUAUAUAUAUAUAAUUAUUAUUGUAAAUUAUUAAUAAUUAUUGUAAAACGUUAUGUCAUGUUCGUAGUCACUGCACUUAAUCUAUCUGGUUUGUCUGUUCGCGAUAAGUAAGCCAGGUCAUGAAAUAUUUACUUGAAAAAAACUAUAUCUAAUACUAACCAUACAAGCAAGUCAGACAAUUUCGUACAGAAAAUAGUAAUUUAAAAAGCAGAAUUUCAGAAUUGCACCCUACCAUUCACUCCUGUUUAAAGGAGUGGAAAUAUUCAAUUGAACUGCAAUGUCGCCAAAGAAUGCCACUAUAUAUUUAAUAUGUUUGUAUAUGUAUAGGAGCCGCUACUGGUUAUCAAUUGAAAUAUUCAAUUGAACUGCAAUGUCGCCAAAGAAUGCCACUAUAUAUUUAUGUUUGUAUGUAGGAGCCGCUACUGGUUAUCAAUGUCAAGCUUUGAAGUAUCCUUCAGAGAAAAUAGAAUGUGUAUACGAGACCGUUCCUGUGAAUAAGGAAGGUGAGUGAAGACGGAGAUCGUGAUGCUUAUAUACACUAUCGGGCAAAAGCAGUGCAUUUGUACAUAUUGAUGCAUUUGUAUAACACGAACAUGAAUAUGUAUUACUAUUAUUCACUAUACAGUAUUUACUCGUUAUUCGAAAGAGAAAUUACUCUUGAUGCUUUUGGUUCACAUUUCUUGCCCUUUUCCAUAUGCAGUGAAUGAGUGAAAAUUCUGCUGGUGAGAUCGAAUUAAGAAACUAUUUUUUUCAUUUCUCAUGAACUUUCGUUGUUACUUUGACACUUUCGUUCAAAACCAGGGAGAGGUUUAAAAUUUGUGCUAUAAACAAACAAUCCAUUCUUCAGCUGGAUACACUCUUUUCGCCAAAGUACAUAGAGCCAUGCAGGUGGACAUCAUGUAAUUUUAAUGGGCCAAUUAAAUUUAAUUAAAUCCUGGCGUAUAUACUGUACGGUGUAAUUUUUAGGCGAUUUUUGUUGGUGGGUUUUAAUAGAACAGUAUCAAAAUUAAUUGUGCUGCUAUUGUCAGCCUCGUACCCAUGGUCUUUCCUCUAUAACCGAAAAGACCCUGGUAGACGCUGGUCACGUGAUCUGCUAAAAUCUAGCAGUAUUUUCAUUAGCAAUCCAAGAUGCAUGAGGUCAAUGAAUAUUUGAUAUUUGUAUGAUUUUUAUAGUUUAAAUUUAUAUAAUUUGCAUUUUGUAAAGGAAUCCAAGAUAGUUAAUGGACAACUUGCAUGUUAGACUAAAUUUUAAGUAAGAGAAGGGAAUCAAACACUAAAGCUAAAAAGAACAUGAUGAAAUUAGUAAAAUUGCAAAUUUUUGUUGCGAAAUGUUGUAAAGUUUGGAAAAUAUAGCCUUGCAAAAUUUGCAAAUUUUGGUAUAUGUUUGUAUUACGUGAGGAAAUUGUUACCAUUUUCGGCUCAAAAAUGGUAACAAUUUCUGCACGCAUGCAAUACAAACAUAGGCAAACUUCGCAAUAUAUUUCCGUAUUUUACAACAUUUCGUAACCUAAUUUUGUAAUUUUACUAAUUUUAAUAAGUACUUUACGGAAAUUUACCUUUUUCUUUGCCUAGAUCAAAAGUCAGUCUAACAUGCAAGCUGUCUAUUAGAAACCUGCUAGUAGAUUUUAGCAGAUCACAUGACCAGGCGCAUCUACCAGGGUAUUUUCUCCCCAAGAUGAAAGACCCUGGGCAAGAGGUUGUGAGCUUGUUAGAUUUUUAUUGACGGGUUUGUUUCGUAUCCGACUAGAAUCUAGCCUGUGAUCACAAGUUUUUGAUAAUUUUCACUGAAUUUCGUAUAGCAUUCAGUUCGCUCAUUUCAUUAGGGAGCUUAAGAUACACCAAAUCUACGACGCGGACGUGAAAAAUUGUCGCUAUUAGAAGUUUAAUUAAGAUUGACGUUUACGACAGAACUCUAACCGCUAACUUCAAUUCGUAUUUUGAAAUCAACUACAGUAUAAGCUGUUCGAAGUUAUAGGACAAUUAGUCUCAUGCAAUUAUUAGCGACUGUUUUUUAGUCACGUCCGCGUCGUAGAUUUGGUGCAUCUUAGGCCCUGUUUACACUAUACCGGAUUACUUUUCAUACCGGAUUAAUUUUCACUCCGAUGUAAAAAAACAAGGGUGUUUACACUAUGCCGCUUCGCUCUGUUGCCAGCCCACGUUUUGAACUGUCGCCAUGGAAACAAGUAACAUUUUUUGCCAAUAUAAUAAAAUUUAUUAAAAACAAGAUGAAGUAACACACGUUUUCUUUGUAAAGUAUAACGUUGCUUCGUUUCCCUCUAAUCCAAAAUUGACGAGAAUUCUUUAAAUUUUGCUCUUUUAAAAACGAAAAGUCAAUGUUAUUAUCGUUUUCUUUAUCUGUCCUCGCCAGAAAUGGUUAAUGAAUGGUUGUAAGACGAAACAAACAACAGCUAUAUAACGUAUUGUAGAAGCGAGCAAUUAAAGGCGACAAUGUGAAAACAUACGGCACGCCAAAACUGAUUUAGUACCGGUAUACGUACCUGAUCACUUUUCAUAUCACAUCCAAAGCGGAGUGAUUUUUGCUCCUCGUCGCGCACCGGAGUACUGUGGCGUCGUGUAAGCGGUAGCCGAAUCCGGUAUGAAAAUCGCUACGCUCCGAUGCAAUCCAGUAUAGUGUAGUGUAAACGGGGCCUUAAGCUCGCUAAUAUCAGGCACAUGAUGUAUGUGUGUGGGUAUUUUUAUUGUGAUAAAUUAAAUAAAAAUGUUCGCCAUAUAGGGAAAAUUGUAUUAUCCCGUCAGAAGGACUACAUUCCAGGCCAAAAUGUACGUGGAUACUUAAUCUGCUUUUGCAAAAUCCUAACAAACAGCUAAAGCUUGACUUUACGCGCAUAUCCCCUACUCUCAUUCAUUCAAUGUUGCUUAUCCGCAUUAUCUACAUUCAACGUUUACUUGUGGGGGGAUUUCAUUUUGAAGAACGCCAUCCGAAGCCAAUCUCUGUGUGUGGUCCAACACGUUUUUAGCCAAGAUUGUAGUAGCAGUUUACGCAUACCGUUAUAAUUGUCAAACACAGAGAUUAACACUAAUGCAAUUUCUCACGGGACAAUUUUUGCCUAUCAAUUUUAUGUAAUAUCAUACGCAUUUGCAGUACAAGCUCUCGUGAAAAAGUUUGUAAUUCUAUUUAGUGUUCAUCAGAAUAUGGCGUCAUUAUAAGAAAAAGAUCUGUUAAAUUCGCACAAAGAGUAUUACAAAUAUUUGCGAUUUUGUCACUGCACGUUGAUAAGAUAUACAAUCAUCUGAAAAAAUCUGUGGACAUGUACUAGCUUCUAGGUGUAAACUUAAGUAUCACGGUUCACAUACAUAUGUUGGCUUCUUUGUCUUCCCCGCUCCCCCGAACAAUUUUGGAUUUGACAUGCAUUUCAUAGAGCUUUCACCUAAGCGAUUUAUAAACUUUCAACAUAAUCGUGAAAGAAAAACUUUUAUCUUCCAUUAGACUACCAUUCCUACAUCAUGUUCCCAAGGAUCAACUUUGCUGGAAAGGUUCAAAUUGAUUCUGCGACAUUGAAUAACGUCUUCGACAACUUUGAUAUCAACACGUUCGCUCCGGCAAACAAAAAAAUAACUCAGGAGAAUUGGAAUCCCUCGGGAUCAAGUAAUUUUCGUCUGGUAGAUGUCUUUGUGAAAAGAGUUUGUCAUAAAGAAGGUUUAUGUGUUUACAUAAAACAUAAUGAUCGCCUCAUUGCAGCUCCCAUAACAGGUAUGGGCCUACCGAACUGGGCAAAAUGCUAAGAGAU